AUGAAGAGCCCCGAGGAGAGUAAAAAUUUGACAAGCUCAACGCAGCGCAAACCUGAUCAUGAUCCUCAACUGCGAGCAGGACCAAAACAGACAGAGACCAACCUUGGUGCCCAGGAGCAGAUUGACCAAGGUACAAACUGUUUAACUGCUAGUGUCCUUUUUAACCACUGCAUUCUUUCCGUAGGGGUUGUUGAACGUCCCUUUUUUUAUGUAAAGGAGGAAAAAAAAAUAGAAUAUGAAUAUUAUCGAAUGGUUUCAGAAACACGACACCCUUAAUUUGACUGUUGCCAGAGUGGAAUUUGUGAGUGGGGUGGCGGCCCCCGGUGGGAGGGGGGAGGGGGUAGUCCCUAUUUAUAUGGUCUAUACGGGGAUGUGCCGCUGGACAGGGUAUGGUUUUUGCCCUCUCCAUCCUAAAAACAGGGUAUAAAAUUUUGAGCCAGUCGACGUCUGUCCUAAUCAGGGUAAUAAUGAACAGGGUGUUGCCUGCACGAUUGAUUUGAUUUGCUUGAUGAGAUUUGUUUGUUCUUCAAGUAUACAAAAGCAAUGACUUCAAUGUGAAUUUACUCAAUUGCAAUUGACCGGUCACCCUCAGCUCAAUCAAAAACCGCAUGCCUCCCUCGAAUAAACACCGCACCCAAUCAGAUGAAUGCGACAUUUAUUAGUAAUUUACACCAUUUACACAAUUACGAUUCUAUCUCAGCAUUAUAGAAGAGACAUUGUUCUGUUUUAUACAGUAAUACAGUCAAACCCCGCCUCAUGUGCCCCCCCCCCCCCUUAAUACGGGCACCUUAUUAUUACGGACAGUUUGCUUUGCCCUAGGGGGAAAGAAGGCCCUUACAUUUUCUCUAAAUUCAACCCGCUUAAUACGGACCCUUAGUUAAUACAGCCCCCCUCAGUGUCCGUAAUACGGGGUUUGACUAUGUUUAUAAGUGAUUUACCGCAACUGUUGUCGGUGAUUAAGAAACGUGAUUUUGAAAGACAAAACAUCGCCCUUGAGUAAACGCAACAUCAGAAACGAUGAAAAUUUAGUAAAUUUCUGCAGCAUUUAAUCUAGUAAAUACGGUUAUCGUGUCUCUACUCCCAAACUUUGUGCAGUAGGGGUUUUUUUAUACAUUGAUGAGUUAUUUGUUAACUGAGGUUCUUUUUGUACUUUUGAUUAUUUAUCCUCUUCAUUGUUUGAAGUUAAACCGACAAUACCUCAUGGUUCCUUGGUUUCUCACGCGGUUCCUGCAUCACCAUCAGCAGUAGACGCACAUAUACAGUUGAAGAGUUACAAUAAAGGGGGCUAUUCAGUGGUAAUUACUGGGGGCAUUCUAUGCUGCAACAGUGAUGAUGAAAAAGGCAUUUUCAUGAUGAAAAGUGGGACUGAGUUUGUUAUUGCCAUAGGAAAUAACAAUAAACAUGGUAAGAAUUAAUUAGGGGAGCAGGUUGAUUUAUCGCUACCGCAUGUAAGGUUGUAUUGUGGAUUCCACGCUGCGGAUGCCGGAUUCCAGGCGCUGGAUUACGGAUUCCUUGACCGUGGAAUUUCCUUGACAGUAGAACUUGGAUUCCGGAUUCGUUGACAGUAGAACUUGAAUUCCGGAUUCCAAUCGUUAGCGGGAUUCCCGAUUUCUUGAGUUGAAUUCUGGAUUCCAAAACCAUGGAUUACGGAUUCCAUAAGCAAAAAUUUCCUGGAAUUCGGAAUCCGGAUAAAAAUAAUUCCAUCCGGUUGUCUGAGACAAGGAGGUUUCUCUGCUGAGAAAGUAACGUUUUGUGUUAACUCCCGCAGGGUACCCUCCAUUAUGGCCUAUAUGGGGAGGGUCCGCCCGAAAGGGGUACUUUAAAAUGUUAGGCUUCAGGUUUAUGAAAGGGUAGUGAUUUUAUUGGUUGAGGUAUAUUAUAGCAAGGAGCCCCAAAGUUUGACCGCUUUUGAUUUAUUCCCAUUGUUUCGUGCAGUAUUAAUCCAAUCAGAAGCCAGCUGAAAACUGUCCUCCACUUCUGACUGGUUAAUGUCUGCAUGAAAGAAUGUGAGUUAAUUAAAGGAGGUCAAACUUUCGGGCUCCUUGCUGAAGGGUAGGGAAAUCUGUCAUUUCAUUCGGUAAAAAGGCCCAGAAGGGCUAACAGAGGCAUUUUACAUGGUAUGUAAAGGCGUCCCUUUUGUCAAUACAAGGUAUAGGAAAGGGGUACCUUUUAUGUCAGAAAUAGUAAGAGGUUUGAACUUGGGGCGGACCCUCCCCGUAAAAAACUUUGUUUAGUACCUCCACCGGUAGGCUUGCUACAAGUCGACCUAACAUAAGUUCUUGAAAAGUGAUCGAAGCGAGCUUCAAUGCAUGAAGUCGCGCAGCGACCGAGCGAGCGACGCAGUCUCGAGGUCAACUUGUUUCCCCCGAAUGGAUUUGAGUCAUAUUAUAAAUUCACGCGGGGAAAAAAUGAUUGACAUACGCUUUGUCGGGAGCGGCGUGAAAUAUCACUCACUGUCCUAUUGGUCAAUUGUCAUGACGUCACCGUUAGAAUUUUCGACCGGUGAAUUUAGCGCCAAACAGGUAUGAAAAGUCCUUAAAAAUGGCAUAACCAACCAGUGAAAAAAAUAAAGGACUUUUAAAAAGUCUACUCCACAGGUUCCUAACUUGACCAAAGGACAAAGGCGUAGAUAAAAACAGCAACAGGAAAAAAAGUAAAUGUAAAUUGGUAAAUUGGCUUUCAUUAGCAGGGUUUAAUCGAGGGUAGCCUUUAUUCCUGAUAAUACGGUAAACUAAAAUGUAUAUUAUUUAUUUUCUCUUUAUCCGUAGCUGCUGAGGUAGACAUUACAUUUGGGGAAAUGUACCUUGGGGUGUGGCUGGUGGAAGCCAAUCGAGAUCUUUUUCACAACCCACUGUUAAUUGAAGGGUCCUCUUGGGCACCAGGCAGGCUUAAAUACUUCAGUGUCUCAGACGACAACAAGCCAACGCCCAGUGAUUUAUUUGGUCCAAAUCCGAAACUGAAUGGCCAGAUCAUCCUUGAGUUUAAACCCGAAGUGUUGAUGCUAAAGCUUUUUGUGAAGCAUGUUUGGAAGGAUGGAGAGAAGGAGGUGCUCAUGCCAGAUUUCCAGACAGCGACUAUUGGAGCUUUAAAGCAAAGGAUUAAGAAGAUUCACAAACUUAACGUGUCAUGCCUGAUAAUGGGUGGAAAAAAACUGCCUGAAGAUAAAACCAUGAGGUUAGUCUAGAAUGGUUGAGUAAUAUGUAGUGUGUACACAAUGACUCCAAAUUUCUAACAAUUAUUAUUAACCGCACAUAUAGGCAGUCCAAUCUCUCAUUUUUCUCCUAGUUUACAAUUUUGUUACUUUGACAGUAAUAUAUUAGCGAAAUGACUCGGUAACAAAAGCGAAAAAUCAACAGAAAGAAGAAAAAAAAAAACGUUCGGGAACAAUUCCAUAAUCCAUUACCAACCCCUUCUUCCUUGUUAAUAUUUUACGUUCCUCGAAAUGCUCACUAAAAUUUAUUCCACCUAAAUGAAGCCUAGGAAAUGCCGCGCAAAAAUGGAGAAAAUAGGGGAGGGCGACGUCCACCUUUUUUACAAUUUUUAGUAAAUUUUAUUGCAGCUUUGUUGUGGUCCAUUAGUGAGCCUGGGACGUUAUUGAAGAAGCCACCCGUAAGAGUUUAAAACACAAAAAUAUUAAGAGCUUCUCUGCCUUGUCCCCCCAUACAGCGUCUUCCCAGGCCUUCGCGGUCAAUGCAUUUCGGUGAAGUAUCCGAGACGAACGGCCACGUGACCCGAAACGCAUUGGCCGCGAGAAAUAAUGAGGCCCAGGAACUAGGGAAGAGCUUUUCCUGAUUUGUGUUGUAUGAAACCUGGGGGAGAGGAAUACAACAAUUUUUUAGGGGAAUGCUCAGCUUCAAGGUCCAACCCCUUACACCUUUUAAAUACCAUUUUCAACAGAAAAGGUACCCCUUUCGUAUAACCUCUGUUGACAAAUGGUACCCUUUUCACGUACCUAGUUUAGAACUUUGCAUCCAUUUUAAGUGCUGUAAUUACAUUUUCUUUUAAAUGUGAAUAAAUAACAAAACUGGAAAAUUUUGUCGACUUGUCCACACCCAUAAAUCCUUCUGUUAGCCCUAUUGUUGGUUUUCACAUGACGUCACUAAAAUUCGAACUACAAAACUAUCGAUCCUACCGAGAUUUUACUUUCAUGAUGUAUUAUAGCAGAUGAAAACUAAUUUUCAUACAAAUUUUCGCUUCUAUAGGGUUCUUGGUUUUGUGAUAGAGUACGCGUGAAUUUCUAAGCUUUUGCAGGAGCCGAUCACGGUGGCUUUUGCGUGACGUCGCACUUACAUGACGGCCAAGAGAGCUUUCAUAUAAUUCAUUUAGUAAAAUCCCUACCAUUUCAUAUACCUGAAGCCUGAGAAAGGUACCCUUUCGGGCGGACCCUCCUCGUAUACGCCAUUAGGGAGCUUUUAAGCUUAAAAGCAACAACGACGGCGACGGCUAAGAGAACGUCACUUAAAAAGGGAGUUCGCGCUACGUCAAACGUUAUCGCGUUUAUUCCAGCUCUUCUUUCAAUUCUUCAAAUUUUUCUGGAGUUGAAUUCUAAAAGAUUGUAUCAAAGUUCAGGGAAAGAAAAAGAAAGUCGUUGUCUUGUGUUCACGUCCUCGACCAAACGUGAAAUUAGGCAUUUUCAUGUUGUAGUCGAGCAGCGACGAGAAAGAAAUGUACAAAAAAGCGUGAUGCACGUAUAAAUUAAAGUUAUUGUUUUGCCAAUAGGCCAUUUCCGAGUUCCCCCGGGCCUCUGUUUCAAAACGAGGGUAGGUGCUCAGCCUUUGACAUGGAAAUCAUUUUUCAUUCUCUUGCAAAUAAAACUCAUUUUCAGAGGAAAGGUUGUGCACCUAGCCUCAAUGUGAAAGUGAGGGGUUUUGGAAAUCGGAAGUGGCCUAUUUAAACCUAUUGCUUUUUUGCCGUUCUUGUUGCCGUUGCCGUCGUCGCUGCUUAAACUCCCUAAUAUUAUAGGAAGUCCCCCUCGGGGUAUAAACCUUUAGAAGUGCUGGGCUCGAAUACCUUAACUGUUUACUACCAAUAAUUUUUUUUGCUUCUUAUGAUGUAAGAUUAAUUUUGUUUUUAUAGCUCUUACGCCAUGGAGAACGCCAAUGAGGUAAUUCAGGUACUCUACGAAAAGGAGGAGCUUGAGAUUCAGUAUUCAGGAAAAGUUCUCACCAUGACUGGGGAUCCUUCCUCCUUAUCUCUUGAUGAUGUAAAAGGGUUCAUCCAACAGGAAUUCAGCAUUCCAAAGUUGCAACAAGAUCUCCGUUUUAAUGGGGAAAAGGUCGAGGAAACUGAGAGCCUUUUUACAAUAUUUGUAAAAUCAAAAGAGAAACCUGUGAUCAGCGUGUGUAUCAAAGAAAUCAGAAUCAAAGUGUGUCUCCCCGAUAAAAGUUCACAUGAAGUCACCAUAAAGUGGCUUGCAACAGUUAAUGACCUCAAGAAAAAGCUACACACUGAGAAAAUUUGUGAAACAGUGGAAAUAUUAAAGUUCAAUGAUGAUGACAUCAGUGACGAAGAAAGCAAGACGUUGGUCGAGUUAAAAUUCCAAGAGCAAAAUACAGUGCAUGUACAGACCAGAAAGACUCAGGCUCACACAGGAUACCCCACCGGUGAUUUUGGGUAAGGUUAUUUAAUACUUCGCAACACUCUUUACCAUGUUCAUAUAACUGUGUGAAAUUUGCCACUGACUUUUACGUUGUGUUCACACCUUUAUUUACUUCAAAAAAAGUGUAGUCUCCUUCUCAGCCAGUUUUAGGAUGUCACGCAACGCUCUCCCAAAGGAAAGGGCAUUGCCUUUUUGGUGGAGCAUUGCGUGACAUCCCGAAAACGAAUGCGAAGACGGCAAAAGAAAUCCAUGACCAAAUAUGGUAUUGUUGUGAAAGUCCUGGCAAAGACGUUAUUUUUGUCACACACUCGACUUUUUAAUAUGCUGCAUGGAUUGAUAGAUCGACGCCAGUUUAUAAACAAUCCCCGGGGGGGGGGGGGGGCGAUACAUACAGAAGACUCCCAUACAAAAUAGAUAGGGAUUUCAUCGAAAAUUUUUAAUAAAACCCCUAAAAAAAUAACUAAUUUGGGCGUGACUUAAGCCCUUUACCUCCAAAAGAUAACAAAAUACUUAACUGAAUAGAAUUUAUGGUUGCUACAUAUCUAUUCGCGUGCAAAUCUAGACGAAAUUUUGACGUCUGAAAAUAGGAGCUUUUUCCUGGGAAUACCCUAUGAGAGAUUCCAAAUCUGUAAUUUACGAUCCUAAACAAGAGGAAGAGCAACUUCCACUCUUUUAAAUGGAAGGCUUUCCCGGAAACGGAGUAGGUACUUUACCACUUUACAUACUUACUUUAUUGUUACCAAAAGGAAGUGAUUUACCAAAAGGUUACCAAAGUGAUUUACCAAAAGUUACCAAAAGGAAGUGAUAUUUUGAGUAACUCUUGUUUGAAUUGCCCCUCUUCAGUUUGGGAUCUUUUCCAAAAGAAUGCACUAGAAGAUAAACCUUUUCCAGUAUACUUACAUUGCUUGAUAUCUCUUUCUUCCUAAAAGGGCCCGGACAAGAGGAUUUGGCUCUGGGCGUACCAGAGGAUUUGAUGAACAUCCUGCAGGUAAUUUAUUCCAACCCUAGUGUGACCCACUUCUUGGAAGUCAUUGGAAAUUCCUACGGGGAUGUUGGCCUUAAAGAACCAAAUUUUGAAAGGGAAGAAUGAACCCAAACUUUCCUCUCUUCUGAGGAGUUGGGGAGUUGGGGGGAGGGGUCAAUCUAUUUAAUGGACCCUCCCAAGGGGAAGAAGAAAAGGAGAUAUUUUCUUCAGCAACACAUUCAACAAAGCAUUGCUUAAUACGACUGGCCUGUUGUGAGAACAAAUGCCGACAUUCCCUAACAUCCCUUCACUGAAUAGAGAGAUGUCCUUACGUCACGUUGCCAUGGUAGCGAAAUUUCUGGAUCUCAACAAACCGUGGUCCCCAACCUCGUACCCAGGCCAGUUCGCGCUAUCCGAGUUAAAAGAGGAGGCUUGAAACCGAGUGCGAUAGCGCGAAUUUUCCCGACAAGCUAGACAGGUGACGUCACAUCCGAAAUCGCCGAGGACGACUGGGAACGAGGCUGCCUGGUUCUCCAAAUAUGGCAGAAAAAACGAAAAACUUGAAAUGACUUUCCUGUGCAUGAUUGCACUCAGAAACAAAACAGUAGCCCAUAGGUUUCUUCCAUUGUUCAACAACACGAAUGACCGUCUCUGUAAAGAAAGAUUUCGCACUUCUCCUUUUUAUUUCACUCGCUCUAUUCACACGUUUUUGUUUGUUUUAAGGAUCAAGCACAUUACGCACCGAAACAGACGACAUACAACCCGACAGUGUGGGAGGAUCCUCUAGAAGGGUACAGCAUAUUUUUUAUUCCAUUUAGUAUUUUUUCAUCUAGACAGCCAUUCACGUAAUGAGAUCAAAUUUCAGGUUCUUCUUUAUGUUUCUGAUUUUGAAUGGUACUGGCAAUAGAUCUCGGCUUGGUUCGAAACUUGGAUUUUUUGAACUUGAAUACUGAUGUGUUGGUGUUCACAAUUUUUGCGCUUAAGAUGAGGUGUUUGUUGAGUUUCCAUGUUUCUGUUGAUAUAGUCAUGAACUUACGUGUAUAUCAUAUGUAUGGUACGGCCUUAUCGACAUUUAUGUCUUAAAAUCGAUACUAACAGUUAAUAAUAAACUCUUUUUCAUAGCCGUUGAAGGAGGGCGUUGUGAUGCUUUGCGGCAAUGAAGAGAGUGUUAACAGGAAAUUCCGUGUAGACAAUGAAGUCAAAGAAAAAUGGAAAUUUUCUAAGGAAAAGGCAGUUAUACUCACAAUUCAACUCGUAGACCACUGGUACGUGUAAAUUAGCUCACACAUCUCUGCAAAAAGCUUAAAGAUUCUGCAGAAAAAUUCUGUGAUUGAGAUAUUUAUGCAAGUUAGUUAUUUCUAUGUUUCGCGGCUGGGGCACCUGAUGUCCUGCGUUGAGCGUCUUGUCGUUUGUCUUGGGUAAAAAUUCCUUCAGUACCGUUUUAUGAACGACAACUGUCGACCAAUUAAGGGGCAGAACGCACCGCAUCACCAACUCAAGCAUAGGAAAUAUUUAGACAUCCUGGGUAAUUACUAUUUACAAGGAAAAACCGGAAAUUUCAGUAGGGAAAUCAAAUGGUUCGCCUCAUUCUGUUUGGGACACUUGGUCAGAAAAAAUGGGUUGUGAUUUGAAGCGAUGCAAUUUUUUCUGCUCUGUUUAGUCUCUUCACGCUCAGCAUCAAAGUCAAUUGUUAAGUUAAUUGCAUCAGAUUCCAUUCAGAUGGUCUGAGUAAAUGUUAAGCAUCCCUUCCUUCUCUUUAUCAUGUUGUUCCCCUACACUAGAAACCUCUGUCUCUCCAUCUCUGUUAAAUAGACAGGGUAACGUUCGCAACUUUAUCCUUGGGGGUAUCUCGUCAGACAGGAAACUUCCCUGCAAUUUCCCUGUCUCCAACACGAUCUUGAAAUGUUUGGUCGGGGAGGUUGCUAAACACCAUAUCUUGUUUGAAGGGUAGAAGGGAGGGUAAAACAAAGGUUAUUUUGUGUCUAGACUGGGAGCAGCUUUUUCUUCAAAGUUUUUGAGGUAGCUUCUGCUGUCACCUUUAUUUCGUGCUGCCCCCGUUAUUUGCUCCUAGUGUAGUUUAUGAAAAAACAUUUAAACUACCCGUAAAACCUUUUAUCUAGCUCUUUAGCUUGGCUUUUUCUAAAGCUGACUUCUCCUUUCUCCUUUAUGUCAGCACGGGGGCAUCGACAGCGACAGGUUCUUCAGCAUCCUAAUUGCCGAUCAAGGGAUAAAAGGUUGAAUGUCAACUCCUUGCGCCAUUCGGUUCUGAGUAAAAAGAGAGAUUUAUAGUGACGUUUACGGUAAACGACAAACGGUCAGAUUCAAGUUGAGAAUUUCUCAGAGAAAAUAGGGAGCUUAAGCAAUUACGACAGCCACGACAUCGAUAACGGUAAAAAAGCAGUGGGUUUAGAUUGGCUAAUUAAAAACAACAACUCCGCACGUGCAUCACGCUUUUUUGUACAUUUCUUUGCCGUCACUGCACGACUACGACGGGUAAACAGCUAAUUUCACGUUUUGUGGAGAACGUUAACACAAGGCAACGUCUUUCUUUUUCUUUUCUCGAACUUCGAUACAGUGUUUUAGAAUUCAAUUGCUAACAUUUGACGAAAUGAACGAGAUGGAAUAAGCGCGAUUAAGUUUGAAGCAGCGCGACUUCACUUUUAAGUGACGCUUUCGUUGCCGUUGCCAUCUCUAAUGUGCAGCUAAAAACAGUCCAAAACUGUUAAAGACAAAACUAACGUGAAGCAACUAAUUUUGGUGUAGAGGUUAUUAACAGUGAAGCACAAGUUAAGGGAAACUUUGGUCAUGUGGUUUAAAUUGAACGUCUCUAAAUCUCUCUAAUAUCUAAGCUCAUCAACUCAGAUUAAAAAACCCAUCUAAUCUUUGGUACGUUGGAACUUACUGAGUGUAAUUAGUAUUGUGUGGUUAAAUGUAAUGUAGCUGCGUUCACAAUCGCUAAGGAGACGUAAGGACUGCAUUAGCUUUGCAGGGGGUCGACUUUAAUGACACUCGUGAUAGCAAUAAUAUAAGGCCUUAAAACGGGCAACUUGUAUUGCAACAUUGCUGCAUAACAACUUGAAAUGCCAGCCUCGACCAAGAGCUCUUCUGCGCAUGUAGAGGAGAGAGAUCAAGCAUUCCCAAACCCGUAAGCCCUGGGGUCGAGAAUGCUUUAAAUGCAAUCUCGACCCCAGAGCUCUUCUGAGCAUGACGGCCGGGGACGCCAACAAUCAGCGUAAGCACUGGCGUCUAGAUUGCUUUAAAUGUUAUGUUGCGCGUUUUACCACCCAUGCGCAAACCUGUCUAGCAGCAAAUCAGGUUGUUGCAAGUUGAGUGAAUACUAAUUUCUGAUUGGAGUCACACCAUACACGGAGGUACGUCGCUUGCUAAAAUGCGCAACAUGUACAUCGCUGUUGACUCGUUUUGUAGCAAUGUCCUAAAACAUGUUUUAGGCAGAACGUGAAAAUUGCCGUUAAGAAGAACAUCUCACGAGUGUUGUUGGUCUUUGUUCUUCAGUAAGUGUACAAUUCGAAACAUCACAUUAGCUAGCGUUUCAAACUUUAUUUGCAUCGAAACUUGGACAGAUGCUGUAAUUGUUGCUAGUAAAAGGCAGCUGAAAUGAUGGAUAAAGUGAAUGAAGCAGAAUGGCAAGAACGAGCAAAGUAACAUUUUACAAAUCAGUCAAUUAAAAGGAGCUGUGUCACGCAAUCCUAGCGAACUGGCCACCACACUAACUGACAACAAGUGCUUAAAAAAGUAAAGGAACGUUUGUAAAAGAAGGCACAGAUGGACCCUAGUGAAGAAGGUAAAAACGGAUUUCAAAAGCCGUUUUGAAAACCCUUCAGCUUGUCAGCUUUUUAACCUGGAUCUGUGUUGUUGCUAAUGUUAACACUCGCGAAACAUAAAAGUUUAUCAAGAAGUUGUGAUUUUGUCUUUUAGAAGUAAUGGCUUUACUAACGGUAACAGAGGUUUUUACGUGCAAAUAACAAAACUAAACGAAAUGGAUUACUGCCGUGACACAGACCCUUCAAACUUUUCCUCGUUAAAACAAAAUCCCUUGCAAUCACGAUGUGUGGGAAGUAAUUCAACUUCUUGCUCUGUCGUUAAGGUUUGCCCAUUCUUGAAAAUUCUUUGUCGUAAAAAACUCUACUCGUUUAUGUAAGAGUUAUUUUCAUAUACACAACUCGCAUACGAUCUGACGGGAACAAUAGGGCCAUUUAUACGAGGAAAAAUAAGACGCGAACUUUCCGUAUAAACGGCACAUUUCGUCUAAAAUAAGACGCGACUUAGCUAAGACCCGUCUUAUUUUAGAACAGCCCUUAACACCUGUUCUGAGGUAAGAUGCGCCUUAGCUAAGACGAGAAAAACUUCGUGUAAAUGACCGUCGCGUCUUAAAAGAGAUGCGAACGCAUAGUACGCAUGCGUUAAUUUUUGGCGGGAAAAUUAUCGCUUACCCCGCGGUGGAUUGGCAGGCCACUGGCGGGGAAAAAUUGUUUACAAAUUACAACGCGUUUUCGUUUCCUGGUCUAUUCUGCUUCAUUUUUUCUUCGCUCAAAUACAAUGAGCAUGCCAUUAAAGGUAAAAAGAAACACUUGGUCCAUCGCGGAGGAAAAAGAUUUUUUGAUAUUAUGUAAGGAGAAGGUGAUAACAGACCUCCUGGACAACUACGUGACAUCUGCUGGUGUAAGUAGACCCUUUUAACUUUAAACUAUCACAAUUUAUAUUUACCAACCAAAUUGCUAUCUUCAUAUUAUAAACUUACAUUUUAAUAGUAAGUUUAAGUGUAAAGAAGACUUAGAUAAGACAUGCUCGUAUAAAUGGUCCAGUUCGCUAUUUAAGACGCGUCUUAUGUAAGACGCGUGUUAUUUUUCCUCGUAUAAAUGGCCCUAAUGUGGAUGCCAAAAGCGUUAGUAGGUGCAAAGUCAAAGAUAAAACUUGUCCUACGUGUAGAGGUUAAUUUUCCG